AUGUCUUCUGAGAUGGAUAACGCCCUUUUAGCCCUCUCCUUGAAAGAUGAUGAUGAUGCUCCUUUUAACUUACCUGAUUUUCCUCAAUUCUACGCCACAGAAAGAAAUGCAUGCAGCUUGAUAGGCCGUCUCCUUAACCCAAGAUUUCAGAACAUGGCUAAUCUGAUCCUAGACAUGCCAAGGAAGUGGCAAAAGGUUAAUCGGGUUAGAGGUAUCGCUCUCACCAAAGAAAGAUUCCAGUUCAUCUUUUCACAUGCAAAUGAUCUUCAAGAUGUUCUUGACAAAGGCAUGCAAACACACAAUGACUGGGGAUUAGCUAUAGAAAGAUGGGUUGAAACACCUCCUCCGGGCUAUCUCCAAUCAGUAUCAAUAUGGGUCCGAAUAAGCAACAUCCCGGUUAACCACUAUACAAAGCCAGCCAUCACAGAGCUAGGAGAACUAAUCGGUCAUGUUGAAGUGGUCGCUUUUGAUCCUGAAAAAUCACAAAGGCAAGACUAUGUUCGUGUGAAGAUCAAUAUUGAAGUUACCAAGCCUCUCAAGAAAUCAAGGGUUCUCAACCUACCUGGCGGAGGUCAAACUACCAUCUACUAUUUCUAUGAAAAAGUCCAGAAAAGAUGCACAGAAUGUCAACGGCUCACACAUGCAAAGGAACAUUGUCCUCUCCUAGCCUACAAACAGAACAUGCGUGCGGUGGAAGCUACUAAAAACCGUCUCUCUCCUUCUACUUCCAACCAUACCUUCCUCUCUGAAGGUGAUCCUCUGUUUGGAGUCUUACAUGAGGAUCAAGUUGGUAUUAAUCCUCUCUCCGGUCGUCCUCGCAUUGCUCCGGAGGUUCUUCAAGAAAUGCGGAAUUAUCUCCUUGCCUCAAGUAAAGAAGAGAGGCAUAUUAGGGAGCAGAGAGUGAUUUUCUCGGUGAAAGAAGCUGAGAAAAAUCCUAUUACCCAAAAGGCGAUGUUACAACUCAUUCCACCGCCGAUCUUCACAACAAACCUUGAUAAGGGUAAAGGAAUAGUCUUUGAUUUUGAGAAAGCUUCUAGUGAACCUGAAACUAACCCUCAGCCUCAGAAGCUUAUGGCAUCGGCAAUAUCUGCAGGACAUUUAUUGACCAACCCUAUCAAUAAUGUCUUCUGUAGACUCUCAUUACCCCCUGUUCUAAUGCCCUCAACUCAGAUUUCAAACCUCUCCUUCUCUGGUGGUUCAAACAUCUCAAUACCGACUGAGAAGCCAAAAAGGAAGAGUGGAAGAUACAAAAGGAUUCCUAAAACUCCUAAGAAGAUGACAAAGGCUACAGAGGAGACUAUGGCUUCUACUUCGGAAUUUGUGAUUCCUAGCAAAAAACGUAAAGCCGAAGAUGAUCUUUUUGGAUCUUUCAGGACAGAUAAGAAGAAUGCUCAGAACUCAUCUCAAGAUAGUCUGCUCAAAAACAAAGAAGGACUUCAAUUGGUUGUUGCAUCCAAGGCUGCUAAGGGCAAUGCAUCAGAGAUGGUCCCGCAUGAGGGACCGUCUAAAGCCUGA